AAUUUCUGAUGGUGUCACAUGAUCAUUACAAAAUGGCAGCUGACACCAAAAUGUCAAUAACUAUUAGUGUUGCGAAAUUCUCAGUAAAAUAAGAUAAUACAAGAUAUUUAAGUCGGUCUUUUCUUGUCAUAAACAUAUUUUGAUUGACAUGUUUAUAAAUAGAUACUGCUACAUGUACAUGAAAUCCUAAGAGUAUGGAAUCUCCCAGUAUAAUUGCUAGCCUUCAUCACACUAUAAGCUCACACACAUCAGAUGUUAAUGGCCUCUGUUUCUCCAAGUCCAAGGUAUUAGCAACAUGUUCAGGUGACAAAACAGUGCGUCUAUGGGACACUGAUGACUAUAGUGAACUAGCUUGUUCGCCACUUUGCGGACACACGUACUACGUUCACUGUUGUACAUUCUCGCCAUUUGGCACACUGUUAGCUUCUUGCUCCACGGAUGGUAAAGUUAUUAUUUGGGACGUAAAGACGGGAAAGAAGAAAGGAGUCUUACAGCAUGAGAGUAAAUCGCCUAUACGUGUGUGCCGAUUCUCGGCUGACUCACAAAUGUUGGUCUCCGGUGGGGAUGAUAAUAAUAUUUGUUUGUGGGAUAUAAGCACAGAAUCCUUAAUCAGUACAUUCCGUGGACAUGAAGGAACUGUGUUUGGUUGCGAUUUUUCACCGGACUGCCAGUAUUUGGUAUCGGGUUCAAGUGACGGUGACCUUCAGGUGUGGGAUGCCAAAUAUGGUCAUGGAAAAGCCUUGUUAAUGGAACUAGAAGGUCACGACCUUGGUGUUACAUAUUGUGAUUUCUCACCUACAUACGGCAUAUCAGAUCAGACAGGCCCACCAACAGGUACAUCAAGAUUUCUGUUGGCAACUUCUGGUCAGGAUGAUGUCAUAAAACUGUGGGAGUUUACGUCUAUAGCAGGCACUACAAGUGUGCUGCUGAAAGAGAAACGUGUAUUGAGAGGUCAUACAGGCACUGUGAUGCAGUGUAAGUUCUCAUUGAAUGGCAAACUUCUAGCUUCAGGGUCAAUAGAUAAAACAGUGAGAUUGUGGGAUCCAUUGACUGGAACUUCUUUACAUGUCAUUGAAGGCCACAAAAGAUAUGUGACAUGUUGUGCCUUUUCAAGUGAUGGACAGUAUUUGGCAUCAGGGUCUAAUGAUAAAACUGUUAUGAUCUGGAAACUACAGUCUGAACAACAGCUUUUUACUGCCUUAGAGGAUGGCUUGCAUAUUGAGGAUGCACCACAGACAGAUAGCGUAGAUGUAUACGAGACCUGUAGUGGUGCGGAGAACUGGACGGUAGAUGAUGUAUGUACAUGGAUAGAGGAGAUAGGACUAGACCAGUACAAAGAUAACUUUAGAAAACACGAUAUUGAUGGACAGGAGUUACUCACCCUGAAUCAGGAAAGUUUGAUGAUAGGGCUAGGUGUUGAUUCCCUUGGUCACAGAAACAAGAUACUACGUUGUCGUAGUCGACUCCUGGAACAUCCAUUUGUGCAACAGAAGGAACUUGAUGCUGGGGUUCCUGAUGAAUUUUUGUGUCCAAUCACCAGGGAGAUUAUGAAAGAUCCUGUAAUAUGCUCAGAUGGUUAUACAUACGAACGUGCAGCUAUAACAAGUUGGAUACAGAAAGGUAAAGAUAGAAGUCCAAUGACAAAUGCUGUACUAUCUACCCAGGAUCUUACACCGAACCGGAGUCUUAAAAUGAUUAUACAGCGGCACUUAAACCAAUGAUGAUAUGCUUCAGCUAGCUUGUUGCCUUUGUCAAACUGUUCCCAAAAACAGCGAGAGUGUACAGGAAUUUUCUCAAUAUCACUGCAUCAAAAAACAUUGUAUGAACAAAUUUCAUGAUAAAAAACACUCAGAACACUUUAAUACCUCUGGUUCACUUCAAUAGAAGUGGGGGUUUGUUUAAGAUUAAGUUGAUCUGGAACUUUUAUUCGACUUGUGGAUUCUGCUAGGCUGGAAUCACACAAGGUGUGGAAGCUACGCACAUGGUCCAGUAUGGUAAAAUCAUGAGAUUUAGAAACAUAUCCUUGAUCGAAGUAAUUGCACAAUGAACCUUUUGCUAAAUGCAAUCUUUAUUAUUUAACCAUUUUACAUUAACAAUGCCAUGUAGAUUUACUUUCAUAUACAAAAACCGAUUUAUUUCUGUGACAUUGUAUUUGUCAAUGUAAUCAAUUCAUACAUGUAAUCCAAACUCAUGUGGACCAACAAGGCUCCACUGUAGUUUGAAGAAAAAAUUAUUAUUUUUUGGAUGAAGAAGGGGUCCGGGAUAAGAAGGGUUAUGUAGCAAGACAGAAAGGAAGGAAAAAAUUACCAGUCUAAGUCUGAAAGUUAAAAUAGUAUGAUAUUUAUACCCCCGCACAACAAAGUUGUAAGGGGGGUAUACUGGAAUCAGCUUGUCCGUCUGGCUGUCCGGCCCUCCGGCUGUCCGGCCAUCCGUCGGUUUUUUCUUGUCCGACCAAUAACUUAAGAUUCCUUUGACCCACAGUCUUCAUAUUUGGCAUGGAGGUUAGUCAUGAUUAGUAGAUGACCCCUAUUGAUUUUGACGUCACCAGGUCAAAGGUCAAGGUCACAGGGGCCUUGACAUCAAACAGCUUGUCCGCCCAAUAACUUAAGAUUCCUUUGACCCACAGUCUUCAUAUUUGGCAUGGAGGUUAGUCAUGAUUAGUAGAUGACCCCUAUUGAUUUUGAGGUCACCAGGUCAAAGGUCAAGGUCACAGGGGCCUUGACAUCAAAAAGCUUGUCCACCCAAUAACAUAAGAUUCCUUUGACCCACAGUCUUCAUAUUUGGCAUGGAGGUUAGUCAUGAUUAGUAGAUGACGCCUAUUGAUUUUGAGGUCACCAGGUCAAGGUCACAGGGGCCUUGACUUCCAAAAGCUUGUCCGCCCAAUAACUUAAGAUUCCUUUGACCCACAGUCUUCAUAUUUGACAUGAAGGUUAGUCAUGAUUAGUAGAUGACGCCUAUUGAUUUUGAGGUCACCAGGUCAAAGGUCAAGGUCACAGGGACCUUGUCAAAAAGCUUUUCCCCUCAAUUGCUUCAGAAUGCCUGUCCAGAGUGUAUUGAUUUUGACAUUUUUACAUUUGAAGCAUGUAGAAGUAGAAUACAUAACUUAGCAAUGCACUGGCUUAGUAACCUCAGAUUUGGCAGGGAGGUUGUCCUGGAGUUCUAAAUGGCCACUGUCGAUUCUGACAAAGUGGUAUGCAGGGGUAUUCACGCCAUGACAGUAUCAGUUCUAGUUUUGAUUUAUAAUUUUCAAUUAUGUGGACAGAGUGAAAUGUACAAACUAAAAAAAACGAUAGAAAAAAUUUAUGAUACAAAGUUCCAUAGAAAAUAUUUUAUUUCCAGAUUUUUGAUGUACACUGACUUUACGCUUAUUUCUUCAGAAAAGAUAAAUAAGCAUUUGUGAUGUAUUGAGUAUUAUUUUUUUAUGUAGGCCUAUAACAAAUGUAUCCAAGCCAAAAUUUGCUGCAAACAAUCUUCAUUCUACUAAAUGAUCAUAAAGAGGAUUUGUAAAGUUUAUGUUAAUGAGAUAUUUGGACAUACAGAGUUGUAUUUACAAGAUGAAUGAUUUAAGAAAAGAACAAAAAGAUAAAAUUUUGAAUAUCAUACAGUAUAUUAGUGGAAAUAGUAUUAAAAACAAGUCUCAGCUUUUUUUUGUUAAGGACAUUAAGUGUAUAAGGAAUACAUCUUGUUUUAUAUUUUUGCUGAUGCUGGUUUAAAUUUCUAUUCAUCCAAAGACGCCAUAAAGUUGUUUAAUGCCAUAAGUUGGCUUAUGUCAAUAUUGUUUGAUGAAAAUAAUGCUUGUAAAGUGCUUUAAUAUAUUCUUAAACAGUGCUCAAAAUUUGAGUAAAGUCCCUUCACAUUAUAAAAUAGUUGCAAUGCAUUUCAUAUUGCUUGUUUACAUCAGUCAUCAAAAUCAAUAUAAUUUGCCUAAAGAUACUCAUUAUAUUGCAUAUUCCACCUUGUAAUAUCUUUUUUACCAUUCAAAAACUUACAUGCAAGCAAUUUUCUUGCUUUUUCUUACAAGAAAUCUGAUUUUCGUGUAAUCAUAAUUAGACCAUGUUUUUCACCUUGUUUUAUAUUUUUUGCUAAAAUAAUUUCCAUUAUACAAGCCUGAUGUCUAAGUACAAUAUCAUUACCUAUGUAUGAUUUACAGUAUACAUGAUCACAGAUGCUGCAGUGGCAUAUACCAAUACACAUGUUUGCAUGUCUGUUAUAUAGAUUAUAUUGUGAAACUUUAAAAAAUCUUCUUCUUAAAAACCACAAGUCUGAUUUUAAUCAAAUAGAUAGGAUUGUUCUUUGUAUACUACAUGUCAGAGCAUUUUUUUCACAAAUACAAUCUUGUUUAAUUUUUUAACCCUGGAACCUACUGAAUUUGUGUAAUUGGUUUGCCCUUCUUUGAAUUUAGUACAGUCCAUUCAAAGUUUAAGGGAUUUCAAUAUAAAAAAAUGUGAGAAUUGGCCGGGUUCUACACUCGUGGCAAAAGCUAAUCACUCGCUGUUAUUGCAGGUAUUGGGUUAAAUGUAAAAUUUACGCCUAUGGUCUCUAUAUACAUGUACAACCAGUACCUGUAAACCCCUGUUAAUGAUUGUUUAUGUUUUUUCUUUGAAACUGUAUAGAAUUACUGAUCUGAUAUAAUUAUAUGAAGUUUUAGAAAUCCAAAAUUUUAAAUUUUGAUUUUUGUUAAUUUAUUUUGUUUGCUAAUGUAUUGCAUUUUAUUGUCAUUAUAUAUUUGUUUUGUUACACUCUAGAAACAGUUUUGAAGUUUUUACAUAAUUUAUAAUUGAUUCUCGUGAAAUAUGUGUGUGAGAUUUUUAUUUAGUUGGCUUUGAAUGUAACUAUUAGGUUCAUUUUUUAUUGUGAGAUUCUUGCAGAUACACCAUUUCAAAUUCUAGCAUACUUAACCCUUACGUUGCCAAAUUUUAUUAAAUGGACUUGUCCAGCUUCCUCUUUAGAAACUGUCCAUAAUGGAAUGAUGAACAAAUAUCUAUAGCCUUACAUACGUGCUUCUGUUUAGCUGUUGCUAACAUGAAGAAUGCUAGUUACAGGAACUUUGGUCUAUUUUUAUGUUCUGGUAAAGUGCAUCUGGCUCAAAAAUUCAAUACAACCAUUUUCACAACUAUCUAAUUUUCAUUUCUAUGCUAAAUGAUUAAUGAGUAAAUGUGCAAUUUGUAUGUUUAUAUAUAUAUAUUUAUAACCUUUGCUGAACUUUUGUUAUGUACAGAUAUUCUUAUUUGUUCAGUUUUUCAAAGAAAUGUUUUUGUUCCUAUAUUUAGAUAUUGUAAUUGUGAUGUAGUAUGCUUUUAUGUUGUCAUAGAUUUUAUAGAAUCAUUCAUUUUCUUUAAUCUUAACUGUGGUAAAUGUAUAUAGUGCAUGACGGACAUGUUAAGCUUGAGUUUUGACUUGUCCCAUGGACAUGAUAGUGCUGGCUGGCCUGGCACUUUAUAUAUGGUAUAGGCAAAUCAUUAAUGCCAACUUUCAUUCAAAGAUUUAAGAGAUAUAACUGUCUUCAAAGAAGAUCCAGAACUUUUUGUCAGAUAUUUAUAAUGUUGUCCAAUCUUAUAGAUAGGGCUACUUAAAUUUUGAAUACUUAAAGAGAUUUUCCUAUAGUUUUAUGUUAACUAGUGUGGUGUACUGUCUAAAGACAAUGGGUAUAGCCACUGGAAUAAUGCAUAAUUUUAACAUGUGUUUUAGUACUGUGUAAUAGAUAGACUGAAAUAUACUUAUAUAUUGAUAUGGUAUAUAUUUAUUUAUUACUCAAAUCAUGAACAAAAAUAACAUUUUGAUACAUAUGCUUUGACCCUUCUCCCUUUCUAAUUUAGAUAAAUAGACUUUCCCUGCAAAGAUUCUAAUUUGGGCAAGUCCAUUGCAAUUGAAUGGAUAUCAAUAUGAAAAUAUUAAAGUUAAGCAACUAACAUAGAUUCUGGUCAGACUGCAUGGAUGUAUAGCCUGGCUUGAUUCAGUACUGGUGGCAAAGGCUAAUCACCCUCCCAUUAAAAGGCUAAUAAUAAGCAUU